UAAUUUAUACAAUAAAUUAACUAUUGGGAGUUAUUUGUUAUUUUCAGUAUAUUAAGGGUGUUUUUCAUUUUUUAUGAAACUUCAAGGGGGGUUUGGUGUAAUUUACUCAAAAAGACAAGAGUCUUUUAGGACAGGUGGCAACCAACCGCCGGGGUGCCACAUGGUAUCCGAACCGAAAGUCCCGAUACUCGACACACCGGAAUGCCCUUCCGCUCUCGUUGUGGUUAGAGGUUGGUAAUGCUAGCUGCCCUGCCGAUUGCCAUGGUGAUUGUCCAGGCUUCGAAGCUGGAUCUCCCACAAGCCUCCACCUCUCUCUCCUCUCCCCAGAUCUCCUCUCUCCUCUUCGACCCCCACUCUCUCUCUCUCGCCCUCCUCCACUCCGAUUCCUCCAUCUCUCUCUACCCUUCUCUCUCCCCUCUCUCCAUCUCCUGUCUCCCCGCCCCCCAAACCCUAGUUCCCCCUCCCUCAUCCUCCGCCACCUUCCUCCUCCUCCACAACCCCAACCCCAACCCCCGCGUCCUCUUCGUCGUCGCCUCUCCUCUCCGCGGUGGCGCCGCCGUCCUCCUCCGCUUCUGGAUCCUGGUGUCCCAGUCCUUCGCCAGGGCCAGACUGAUCUGCAAUCAGAGCGAGCUUAAGUUCGAAGAGAGCAAGUCCGGGGUCGUUUUCAGUGUUAAUCACGGCAUUUCUGUGAAGCUCGUCGGGUCGAUUAAUGUUUUGGUCAUGUACUCGGUUUCGAAUUGUAAGAUAUGGGUCUUCGCUGCGAGGAUGGUGGGCGGUGCGGAGGAUGGGGUGACCGUGAAAUUGAUGAAGUGCGCUGUGAUCGAUUGUUGCGCGCCGGUCUUCUCGAUUAGUGCUUCGCUGGGGUUCUUGAUGUUGGGGGAGGAGAAUGGGGUGAGGGUAUUCCCUUUGCGGCCGCUCCUCAAAGGCCGCGCUAAGAGGCCGCCGCGCGGAAAUGGACUAAACAAUGAGGAAGAUCGAAGGUUGAAUUUGCCAAAUGGGAUCAUUCAGACAAUCAGCGAAACUGUUGUUUCUGACUCGGUAAUUCACUUGGACUAUGGACAUGGUGAUUCUGGCCGAAAAAUAACUGGUGGUGAAGGGACUGUGGAGAUUUCUUCUAAUGGUUACUUGGACGGCAAGUUCGAUAAGCGUUCUGAUUCUGUAAAGCUGAGAUCUGUAAAGCUAAAGCAUGACUCUAAGGAGUGGGGCACAUGUUUUGUGGCAUUUAAGAAUGAGAAGGUUCAAAACUACAAAUCUAGUAAACUACAAUUGCAGUCAGUGAAGGCAAUUUCUAUCCGGGUUCUAUCCCCAAAUAAAUUUAUGAUCUUGGACUCAGCUGGAGAUUUACACCUGUUGUGCUUGUCCAAUCCCAUCCUUGCAUCAGAAUUUCCGUGCCACAUGGAGAAGUUAACCAACACCAUGAAAAUUCAGAAUCUGGCUGUUCUUUCUGAUGUUUCACUACGAACACAAACUGUUUGGAUUUCAGAUGGACACCAUACAGUGCACUCUCUGGCAAUACCUGACACUGAUACUUGCGGUAGUGAAAUAGAUAGGAAAGAAACCGAGGGAAAGCUAAUACAAACUUCAGUUACUCAAGCAAUAUUUUCCAGUGAAAAGAUUGAAGAUAUUAUUGCUUUGGCGACAAAUGCAAUCUUGAUUCUUGGACAAGGGGGAUUGUUUGCGUAUGCAAUUUCUUGAUGGUGCUUGGUGGUUAUCCCUGUUACGGUGAUUAGAGUUCUAAACUUGUGAAUGUUUGUUAUUCUAUCAAGUUAUCUUAUGUUUCUGUCUGACAAGAUUCAAAUUUCGACUGGUGUUGCUGCUAAAAAUUAUAUUUUAUCAGAAGCAACUAAGAAAUGGUUUUGCAACUUAAAUUCCUGUAGUUUUAGCCUGGCAGUCUUCUUAGACAUCGAAUGCUAACUUUGUGUUAAUUUAUUCCUGGCAAUACUUACAACCCUGCCUCCCCUCCCCCUCCCCUUCCUUCCUUGUAGGAUGUUACUGGAUAAAUUGGUUUGCUUGAUGCAAGUUGAAGGAAUUUAUGGGUCUUGUCAAGGAUUUCACUUGCUGUGCUGGUUCCUGUCUGGUUCUGAUGGUUCUUUUUGUCAUUAUGCCACACAAAUUAUGAGCUGCAAAUCCAAUGUAUCUUCUGGUGCACGUGACUUCAACAACAGUUAUUCUUGGAGGGGAAAAAUGAGAUUGCGGGACAAGUGGAUGCCUAUUAGUGGAAAGGAAAAACUUUCUACCUCUGCUUUGGCCCUCUUUGAAAAAGCAAAGGAAAAACUUGGGGCAAACAUAUACUCCUUUUGGCUGUUGGCAGUGAUUUAUCUAUUUUGUGCCCCCAUUUGUGGUGAUAGUGUAAAGUCAGGUAAGGGGAGGAUUAAUUCAGUUCCACCCAAAGGGUCACAAAGGUAUGGAGCAGUUUUUGUCUUGGCGUUCUAGGAUAUUGUUUGAUUUGGAUGAACGCAUGCUCAUAGUGCACUGCACUUUGUAACAAUUAGCUUAAGUUGUUCGUAUGACACUACUGGUUUGUCAUCUGGGCAGUGCGGAUUACAUUUUUAUCAACCAUUUAAUCUCUUCAUUAUUAUUAUUGAUAAA